AUGCAGGUUAUUGUGCAACUACUCCGUAGCGUAAACUCGCGGCGAAAAUCGAAUCGCCCAAACGUGACCCCUCCCGUCGCCCUCGCUUUCCUUUCCCUCGCUUCCGCUCUCUGUCGCCCGCGUCGUCGCCAUCGCGACCGCAGCUCGUCGCGUUCGCGACCCCACCCCGUCGCCUCCGCUCCGCCCGUCGCCUCCGCUCAGCCCGUCGCCUUCACUCCCCCCCCUCCCCCCCCCUCUUCCGUUGCCUUCAUUUCCCCCUCCCGUCGCCUUCACUUCCCCCUCCCGUCGCCUUCACUUCCCCCUCCCGUCGCCUUCAUUUCCCCCUCCCGUCGCCUUCAUAUCCCCCUCCCGUCGCCCUCACUUCCUCUCCCGUUGCCUUCAUUUCCCCCUCCCGUCGCCUUCACUUCCCCCUCUCGUCGCCUUCAUUUCCCCCUCCCGUCGCCUUCAUAUCCCCCUCCCGUCGCCCUCACUUCCUCUCCCGUUGCCUUCAUUUCCCCCUCCCGUCGCCUUCACUUCCCCCUCUCGUCGCCUUCAUUUCCCCCUCCCGUCGCCUUCAUUUCCCCCUCCCGUCGCCUUCAUUUCCCCCUCCCGUCGCCUUCAUUUCCCCCUCCCGUCGCCUUCAUUUCCCCUCCCGUCGCCUUCAUUUCCCCCUCCCGUCGCCCUCAUUUCCCCCUCCCGUCGCCCUCACUUCCCCUUCCCGUCGCCUUCACUUCUCCCCUCCGAUGCCUUCGAUUCCCCCUCCCGUCGCCUUCCACGCCUGCCGCACUCGCUUUCCCGCCCGUCACCUUCACUUCCCCUCCCAUUGCCUUUCACUCUCUCCUGCUCCCUCUCUUUCCCCCUGCUCACUCUCUCCCCCCCCCACUCACUCUCUUUCCCCCUGCUCACUCGCUUCCCCCCGCCUCAUUCUCUUUCCCUCUGCUCACUCCUCUUUUUCUCACCCCGCUUUCCCCAUUCCUUCACGCUCUCUUUCUCUCUCUCCCCCCGUCGCCCUCCCUUCCACUCCUCGUUGCCCUUGCCAUCCCUCCCUUCUCCCUUCCCAUCUCGCACACUUGUCACGCCCCCUUUCCAACCCGCACAUACACCCUUCCCUUCUUCCCUGUUUCCCCGUAUCCCCGGCGCUGCUUCUCACCAUCCUCCGACUUGCUCCCCCCAUCCCCUUCCCUGCUUCCCCCUUCCCCUCCCCUGCCUCCCCCCAUCCCCUUCCCUGCUUCCCCCUUCCCCUCCCCUGCCUCCCCCCAUCCCCUUCCCUGCUUCCCCCCAUCCCCUUCCCUGCUCCCCCCCAUCCCCAUCCCUGCUUCCCCCCAUCUCCUUCCCUGCUUCCCCCCAUCUCCUUCCCUCCUUCCGCCUGUGCCCUCCCCUGCCUCCCCCCAUCCGCUUCCCUGCUUCCCCCCUUUCCCUUCACUGCUCCCCCUCAUCCCCUUCCCUGCUUCCCCCCAUCUCCUUCCCUGCUUCCCCCCAUCCCCUUCCCUCCUUCCCCCCAUCCCCUUCCCUGCUCCCCCUCAUCCCCAUCCCUGCUUCCCCCCAUCUCCUUCCCUGCUUCCCCCCAUCCCCUUCCCUCCUUCCCCCCAUCCCCUUCCCUGCUCCCCCUCAUCCCCAUCCCUGCUUCCCCCCAUCUCCUUCCCUGCUUCCCCCCAUCCCCUUCCCUCCUUCCGCCUGUGCCCUCCCCUGCCUCCCCCCAUCCCCUUCCCUGCUUCCCCCCUUCCCCUUCACUGCUCCCCCUCAUCCCCUUCCCUGCUUCCCCCCAUCUCCUUCCCUGCUUCCCCCCAUCCCCUUCCCUCCUUCCGCCUGUGCCCUCCCCUGCCUCCCCCCAUCCAUCCCCUUCCCUGCUUCCCCCCUUCCCCUUCCCUGCUCCCCCCCGUCCCCUUCCCUCCUUCCCCCCGUCCCCUACCCUGCCUCCCCCCAUCCCCUUCACUGCUUCUUCCCAACCCCUUCCCUGCUCCCCCCCAUCCCCUUCACUGCUUUCCCCCUUCCCCUUCCCUGCUUCCCCCCAUCUCCUUCCCUGCUUCCCCCAUCGUCUUCCCUGCUCACCCUUGCUCCCUCUGUUUCACUCUUGCUCCCUCUGUUUCACCCUUGCUCCCUCUGUUUCACCCUUGCUCCCUCUGUUUCACCCUUGCUCCCUCUGUUUCACCCUUGCUCCCUCUGUUUCACCCUUGCUCCCUCUGUUUCACCCUUGCUCCCUCUGUUUCACCCUUGCUCCCUCCCCUUCUUCUCUUCUCACUUUCCUCCCCCUUGCUCACUCUCUUUACUUCUGCUCACUCUGUUCCCCCUGCUUCCUCUCUUCCCCUCUGUUCAAUCUGUACAGGUGCCAAGCACCAGAUGUGGCUUUACCACGGCCUGGUUUUUUUGCUUGCAGUGUAG